ACUGCCAGGUUGAUAAAAGUCAGUCUCUCUCUACAUUGUGUUACAUUAUUUAUUUAUUUUAUUGUUAUUAUCUUCACCAGGAACAAAAAUUCAGCUGAACCUGUGACAACCCAGCCAUGCCCCACUGGUACCCUUGCUACUUCCAGCAUGACAACCAUCUUACACACUAGAGGCAACUGGUCCACGGGUCUAUUUGAUAUCUGCAGUGACAAGAGAAUUUGUAUGUGUGGCUUUUGCAGCCCAUGUCUGGAAUGUAGUCUUGCAAGCAACUACGGUGAGUGCUUUUGCUUCCCAUUGCUGCUGGGUUCCACCUUAGCCCUAAGAGCUGGCAUCAGAGAGAGACACAGAAUACACGGAACUCUCUGUGAAGACUGGAUGGCAGUUCACUGCUGCUGGCCUUGUGCAGUCUGUCAGAUGGCUCGAGAAAUGAGGCUAAGACCCCUGCUCCAGGUCUACAAAAUGCACCAGUCUCCUCCACCUCCUCCUCUUCUGGCCAAAGAUGCACUUGUUUAAAAAUGUUCUCCCCCUCGUCUCUAGAGGCCCCUUUGGAGGCAAAAUGAUUUAAUUAAUAAAUACUUAUUGAUAU